AUGGCUUCGAUUUGUAACCUGCGGUGCUCAAGCCGCCGACUCCUCAUUGGAGCGGAGGCGCAGCGGACUCUAUUUUCUUCUUCUCGAUUAUGCCUGACGAUUGUCUUGCUUUUCUCGAGCGUUGCAAUGCUAUCAAAGGAUCUGCCUCUCGCAGUGCUGGAGGCCCUUGCCACCGAGGAGAAAUCCAAUUGUACCCCUCCCGUGGAGGGAGUUAGGACGAAGUGCACGUGUGAGAGCAGCGCCAAAGCACCAGACCUCCAGGCAACGAUAUCGGAAGAGACAAACGAGUUGGAAAUUCACUGCAAGGGUGGCCUAAAUUAUGCGCCUGAUGGACUGGUGAGCUCAAAUGUCUGUUCGGCGGAUGCUGACGCCGUCUGCGCAUGCCAGGUAACAGGACACAAGUCUGUCUGCAUUGACGUUAACAGCCUUCUCCUCGCAACCUCGACCCCGGCAAAAUGGGAACCAGUCACAGAGGGCAGGACAAAUGAUAAGCCAAAAGCACUUAUCAUCCCGAAAGACAAGCUGCCGCAUGUCGACGGCGAAUUCCUCGUCGGAUGCAGCGACAGCGGCAGCACAACGAAAUGCAAAGUAGCUGUGACGGUCGCUGCCAGAGCUACGGAGACGAAGGAUCAGCAGGUGACCUGUUCCUACGGCAAGGACAGUAACAAGAAGCACCAAACCAUCACGCUGAGUCCCUCACAGAACAGCUUCACUCUUGUAUGCGGUGAGAAAGGAGAGAUUGUGCAGACGAACUACAAAAAAACGUACUGCGAUGUGAGUGAGGAGAACGCGGCUGUCAAGGACUGCCAUGGCAAAUACAGGGACAUUCUCCCGGGUUACGAGGAAGGAUGGUGGACUGAUGGUGAAGAGAAGUCCUUCACUUUCACGAUUCCGGAGGACAAGUUUCCCACGGCCAGAGCGAAGAUGAUGGUUCAGUGCCAGAUAGCGGAGGAGAAGCACGUGAAAGCUCUCGCCCCUGCUGCACCUGAACCCAGUGUGUGCAGCGUGGACGUGAGCAUCGAAGGUGAUGGCUCUGCGAGUGCGGCAUCUAUGCCGGUCGUUUCCGGUUUGCUCAACAGGCUAGUUUUGGCAAGUUCUGGGGUGAUGGCUUCGUCGAUUCAUUCCUUCUUACAGUAA